AUGAACAACGACCAACAGCAACAACACGACCCUCCGCUGCGGCCUCGACCGUCGCAGGUCGCCCCUUCAUCGCCUCCACCGUUGUGGGCGCAUAGGAGCGCCUCGAGCAUGUCGGCUGCCCCCAAUCACUCCACAACCAAACAACUGCCUCCCGCCUCUGCUCCUUACGCUUCACGGCCCAGCACCGCCCAUGCCACCAUAGCGCCGCCCUCUGCCCUCGCCAACUUCUCUCGUCCUCAGCCGCGCCAGUCCAUCGAUGCUCCUGCCCCUCCAUCCAUCCAUCCCCGCCGACGACAGCAUUCGCAAGGCUUCUUUGAGCCCUCGUUACCGCAUACUUCGCACAUGCCCGCUUCCCACAUCGCUGCUCAAGCCGCCAUGCACCAUAUGCACUCGCAGAAUCAGGAUCGCAAACGACCCAAUCCUCCCUUGCAGCCCAUCAACAUCGCUGCCAGUCGCGCCGACCGUCGCAUCGUCUCUCCCACCACCCUGAGCCCACCCCCGCUGCCGUCAAGCAAUAUAGACAGCAGGAUCACCGCCACCACUGCCGCCAACGUCGCUUUCCCUCGUAGUCCAGGCCCCAUGCCUUCACCCCACGCUCUGACCGCCGAUCAACCCGUCUCUGCCCCUCCCGUGCCCAUACCUGCCGAAACAAAGGUCAAGGAACGCUCCAAGAUGAAGCUGUUCCACAAGCCAAAGAGUAUUGGAAUCACAAAAGACAAGGACUUGGAUAAAAAGGCCGCUCCUGCUCUGCCUUCUCCCAAUCGGGGUCUUCUGCGCGCCGGUUUCGCAAGUGCCUCCAUGACCAGUCUGACCGACCCAAACUCGUCGGCUGCUGCUUCCGUCUACUCCUCGGCCAACACAUCAACUUCCACUCUGGUACCCGUGACCACGACGGCCACUGCCACGGCCGACAAGAAGGAGGGAGGGGAGAAACACAGACACCACUUCUUGUCAAGGCAAAAACAAAAAGACCGAGGUGCUCUGCCCCUGUCCUCGGCCUCGUCAAACUCGACCGCUGUAGACCCAAAUGCUCCACAAUCCUUGUACUCGUUCACUCCUCAAUCUCCUGGUUUCUCCAAAUCUGUCAGUGGUCUGGACUUGCGACAUGGCGGACGUGCUCUGCGAGAGAAGAAAAAGGAGGAAAAGGCCGCGGCCGCUGCUGCCACCAAUCUGACGCCUACAAUGUCAAACACUUCUGGCAACCUGCUAAGAGACGACUCGAGGAGCGACUUCGCCGGCCCUAGCAGUCUGGAUUCGGCUUCAAUACUUGGUCCUCCGAGCAGCAACUCUCUCUUCUCUCUACCCUUGUACGAGCCACAACCCACCAUGUCCGCUGCUGCUUUUGACGGUCUUGGCAAGAGUAUGGGUCUACACGGCAUCACGGCUGACGAUGCUUGGCCGUUACUGAAAGCAAGACUCUUGAACAUUUUCUCCGGCGAAGAUCUACGGACGCCAAUCGAAGACUUCAACUUACUGGUCUCUGUGCACAUCCGACGAUGUAUACAGAAGCGCGCUCCUGUAGUGUUGGUUGAAGACUUGAGGGAGCUGCUUGCAACGGGCUUCUCUUCUCUCGCCCAAACACUGCAUAGAGUGCCCGACGAACGACUCGUGACACGCCUAGUCGCCAUUUGGCAGACCACCUUCAGCUCCAUACUUCCCUUCAUCCAAGCAGUAUUCCUACCGUUGGAUCUCGAAUUCAGGGGUCACGGCAGCAUAAUGAGUGCAAGAGAAGCUCAAGAGUUCUGGGGUGCUUUCGUGCCCGCUGAGAUGCCACCACCAUUCUCACGGAAACACUCAACAUCAUUCGACGAGAUGAGACCGGGCAGUUCUGGAUGCGCGACAAUAACAAGCAAUACUUCAAACUCGAACCGCAUGCCUGGACUCGGAGAGGAAUUGGACGUACGCCGCAUUGCCUUGAUCGUCUUCCGCGACGUGGUCCUCCUUCCACGCCAUGAGACGUUGCUUGCAAUCUUUUCACGAUUAUCUCUGGACAGUAUAAACACUGCUCCUGCGUCCAGCAAUCUAUCAUCUUCACCGCCCAUGUCCAGCAACCGUGGGCGAGGCUUUUCCAAUCCAGCGGCUGGAGGCGCAGAAAGACCAUCUACAGGCGGCUCUCUAUCCCCACGUCUAGGAAGCAGCUACAACAGCAAUGUCAACUACCUCGACAGUGGCAACACGACUAUAGUCUCCAGCCCACCCACACAACACAGUCGCAGCAGAGCUGCUUCCAACACUUCUGCCGGCAGCUUUGGCACUUCUCUACCUCACACCACAUCACACUACCCCACCACUUCCAUCGACAGUGUGACCUCCUCCACACCCGCCUUUUCAUCCUCAUUCUCCCCCGAUCCUUCGGGCAGACCACCCACGUUUGCAGACCCGGCGCAGGUCACGCAGACGGUGGCUAGAAUGCUACAAUGCGUCAGUGUUGUCGCGGGAGCGCAGACUGGAGAUCAGAGUCAAGCUGUUGUGGAGAGGUUGACGAGGGAGUUGAAGUAUAAUUGGUUGGGUAGAGGGAGGACGGGGAGACAGAGGAGGGGGUGGGUGGGUGUCAAGGGCAAGAAUGCUGGGUGCUUGGGACAGGGACAAGGACAAGGACAGGUUAAUGGGUUGGGUGUUGUGGGUGCUUGA